AUAUUUUUUGUGUCUUCGUUUUCCUGCCGGUCGUAAUUGGCGCUUGCCUAUAUCUGUGGAAAAGUAUCUGACGUUCAAAUUGGGCAAGCCUUUAUUGGAGGAACUGAAACUAUUAAAAAUAAAAUGUGGAUGAGGAUUUGUUGUGCCUGUGGGAGAAUUCGUAUAAAAUAUUUAUCUUAAAUUUUACUGUAGAAUAUAAUUAUGUUUUUAGGUCAGUUGCUUUUAUUAUUUUUGUCAUUUAUUUCUCGAAAUGGCAGAAUCGGAUACCCCGCAAGAACAACAGGAGAACGAAUUGCAAGCACUUACGGCCAUAUUCUCUCACGACCUACGGGACGUGAGAAAGAGAGCAUGGAGUGUGUGGAGCCCCACAGACAUAGUGAUCACGCUUACGCCCCAGCAAGGUAGCAGCGGCUGUCGCGAGGUCCAUGCAACCAUUGAUCUUCACAUUACGUGCUCCGAAAAAUAUCCAGAUGAGCCUCCGACCAUACUCCUGGAGAGAAGCAAGGGCCUGUCAUCUGAGAAAGUGUCCCAGCUGAGCACGGAACUGAGGACGUUAGCCCAGCAGCUUGUUGGUGAAGUGAUGGUGUUUGAAUUGGCUCAGCAUGUGCAGAAAUUCCUCCACAUCCACAACAAGCCUGGGUUCAAGUCCUUUUAUGAGGAAAUGGUGUUGCGGCAGCAGGAGCUGCAUCACAAGCAGCAACUUGUCCGUAAGCAACAGGAAGACAUGCAGCGUCAGGUUAUUUUGGGAGAGAUCAUGCGGAAACAAGAAGUUCUCAGAGAGGAGAAGCAGGAACGCAGAAGAGAAAGCAGCCGCCAUCGGUCUCGAGACAGGGAUCAAACUGUCUCAGAAAGCAGUGAGAGCUCCUGUGAUCUCAUUAGUCCGCAAGUGAUCAGGUUCAACAACCGCAAUGAGAGAGAGGUGUGCAGAGGAAAAUGCUUAGGUCAUAGUGUUGAUGGCAGUGCAGUUCAUUCUGGAUUCGAUGUACAAUCUGGAGAGUUGUUUGCACUCAUCACAUGGACUUUUCGGGGUGAUUUGGCAUCAAUUUUUAAGCAACUGUCAAGUAUUGACCAGGAGCUAAAUUAUUUACAAAGGCUUCAACAUAGUAAUCUUGUGCGUUAUUUAAAUAUGACGUACAGUCAGAAUCAAGAUGCGAUCAUAGUUCAUCUACUCCAGGAAUUUGUUCAUGGCACAUCGUUGUCAUUCUACAUCGUUAACCACAUGCCUAUGGAUAUAGAAAUUCUGCGCUUCUCUGUAUCAGGGAUAUUGGCUGCAUUGUCGUUCUUGCACAAGAAUAAUGUCGUGCAUAAAAAUCUUCGAGCUAGCAGUGUGUUUUUGGAAAAAAGUGGCAAAGUCGUCGUCACCGACUACAGCAUAGACAGGCGCCUGCAGGACAUUUCGCAGGCGGACAGUGGGUGUGGCGUAUCUUCAGGUCGCUGGACCAAGAAGACGGACAUUCACCAGCUGGGCCUUCUUGCUUUGUCGCUUCUCAGAGGCGAAACCCUUGCUGGACCACUGGAACUGGAAAUUCCUCCAAGUUUACCUGCAGACUGCAAGGACUUCUUGCACAGGUGUUUGGUGCGAGAUGAAGACCAGAAGUGGAGUGCAGGUCAGUUGCUGGGCCAUAGUUUCUUCAAGCCUUCAGUCCAGCAUGGUAAUGGUUCCAAGAAGAAGAAUUCUCAGAGUAAACAGGAUGACGAAGAAGAAGAUCUUGAUGCUGAGCCAAUCCCUGCAUUGCCAGCUAACAGCCAUGGCCAUUCUCGAAUACACAGUGAUUUUGAGGUGCUGAAAUCUCUGGGACAGGGUGCAUUUGGAAGUGUUCUUAAGGUGCGAAAUAAGCUGGAUGGAGGCGUGUAUGCAAUUAAACGUAUUAAGUUGAAUCCACAGAACAAACAACUAAACCGAAAGAUAACACGUGAAGUAAAGUUGCUGUCUCGAUUGAAUCAUGAAAAUGUUGUACGUUACUUCAAUUCUUGGAUAGAAUCUAUUAAUGUUGAUAGUGUUUUGUCUGCCAGCGAAUCUGUUGCGAGCUCAUGUGCAGUACCUCAGAAAUUUGAUGGUAAAUUGAUGACUGCAAGCUCUGAUGUUGAAAAAUUAGCACCUCCUAUGAGAGAAGUUAGUGUAAAGUGGAAUUUGUCACAUCGGUCAUUAGCCAGUGGUAUCAAUUCCGAGAGCUCUUGUUCAGAUGAUAGCUCAGAUGAUGAUGACUACAUGGGUUUCCUAGCAAACAGGAGCUCAUCAGAGGGUGUGGUUUUCACCUACGAUGGCUCGCACUGCAUCGCCAGCAAUACAGCGGGAUCAGAUCAGUUUGCUUCACAUAAUGGUGCUGUGAGUGAGAAGAGGCCAGUCUGUGAUGAGGUGCAGUUCAUGUACAUUCAGAUGGAGUUCUGUGAGAAGAGCACCCUGAGGACUGCCAUAGACAGUGGACUGUGUGAAGACGAAGUGAGGGUGUGGCGAUUGUUCCGAGAGGUGGUGGAAGGCUUGGCCCAUAUACAUCAGCAGGGCAUGAUUCACAGAGACCUGAAGCCAGUGAAUAUUUUCCUUGACUCAAAUGAUCAUGUGAAGAUAGGUGAUUUUGGUCUAGCCACAACCUACAUUUUGCCCAGGGCAGCGGCUGCCAGUGCCUUCAGCGAGCAUGCGGCGGUGGACCGUCGUCUGGCUGAGCCCGGCUCCGUGUCGGAACUUCUCGACGGGUCGUUGACGGGGCAGGUGGGGACGGCGUUGUACGUGGCUCCAGAGCUCAGUGCUGCAGGAUUCAAGACUCUCUACAACCAGAAAGUGGACAUUUACAGCCUUGGGAUCAUCUUUUUCGAAAUGUGCUUUGCUCCUCUGGAGACAGGAAUGGAGCGAGUGAAGGUGCUAGCAAACCUGCGACACCCUGAUAUAAUACUUCCAUCCAAUUUUUCAGACCAGAGAAUGCAACGACAGGUACACAUUAUCAGGUGGUUGUUGAACCACGACCCAGCACUGCGACCUACCUCCCAGGAGUUGCUGCAGUCAUCAUUUCUACCCCCUCCCCAGUUAGAGGAAGCCUCGCUGCAGGAAAUGGUGCGACAUACACUGUCCAAUCCACAGAGUAAAGCUUACAAAUACUUAGUUGGCUCCUGUUUCAAGCAGGAGAUGGGACCUGCCGAGGACAUCACGUACCACAUGAGUCUGGUGCGGGGUCCCUCGCCCUGCAUGCAGGAGCUGGCGAAGCAGACUGUUGCUCGCGUGUUCCACAAGCACGGGGCCGUGAGCCUGCCCACUCCCCUUCUCUCGCCCCCGAACCAGAGCUACGAAGCUGCAGACUCGUGUGUGCGCCUCAUGGCGCGCUCGGGAGUGAUUGUGUGCCUCCCCCACGACCUGCGCGUGCCGUUCGCACGGUACGUGGCCUGGAACGGGAUCACGUUUCUCAAGCGCUACACGGUCGAGCGAGUCUACAGGGAAAAAAAAGUCUUUGGGUUCCAUCCCAGGGAGCUGUACGAGUGCGCAUUUGACAUUGUCACACCCACAGCUGGCAGUCUGGUGGCUGAUGCUGAGCUGUUGUCGGUGGUUGGAGAAGUAGUUAAUGAGUUCCCUAGUUUGCGCGACAAGGCGUGCAGCAUUCGUUUAAAUCACACAGCGCUGCUGCGAGCAACGCUGCUUCACUGUGGCGUGGAUCCAGAUGUCCUGCCUAACGUGUGUGCCAUUCUUGAAGAAGCGAAGGACGAGAGACAGUCGAAAUUCCGAGGCCAGCUGCAUGUGAGCGGCACAUCUCUGAGCGACCAGUCAAUAGCCACCUUGUUUGGGCUGAUUGACACAGAAGGUUCGCUGCCCGAAGUGUCGGCAGCCUUCAGGAUAGUAAUGAAGAGGCGUGGGGAAGCUGCCUCCCUGGCCAAGCAAGCCUUUCAUGAGCUUGAAGCGAUUAUCAGCCACGCGGAGGCGCUUGGAGUCACUUGGCCAAUAAGCAUAGCGCCAGGGUUGGUGUACAACAGCCACCAGUACAGUGGCAUGAUGUGCCAGUUUGUGUGUGAGCUGAAGAAGAAGCGGAGGAAAGGUGGCAUGGAUGUGCUGGCAGCCGGGGGACGUUACGACAGCAUGCUUCACACGUUCAGGAAAACUGUGGAGCUGGCCGGGAUGGUGCCCCGAGAGGUGAGUCAGUCGGCCGCGGGCGUGAGCAUUUCCCUGGACCGCAUCGUGUCGGCCCUGCAGGCCUGCGACCAGGACGCGCGUGCGCUGGACGUGGUGGUGUGCUCCCUGGGACACGGCCCCAUGAUCAAGGAGAAGUGUGCCGUCGUGCGGGAGUUGUGGGCGGCGGGCGUCCGUGCCAACCUUCUGGACGCGAUACAGAGUUUGGAAGAAGUGCAAGACUGGUGUAGGGAAAUGAUGGUGUCAAACAUCGUCUUGCUGAAAGAAACUGAGGCAACAAGUGUUCGUGUGCGCAGCUGGGAUAAGGAGCGAGAGAGGUUCCAAGAGAAGCGAGUGGCCACUGCAGAUCUGGUGGACUUCCUGCAGCGCACUCUGGAGGUGGGCGACGUGUCUCUGUCCCUCACUCGCUCCGACAGCAAGACCAGCACGAACUGCGAGCCUGCCCCCACUCAGUCGGUUAACGUCAAUUUUGUGUUGGACGAACGAAUCAACGCCGUCCAGCGGCGCAGAGUGGAAAAUCAGGUGAUAUCCCAGCUAACAAGCACACUGCAGAGACUGUCGUCCCGUGUGCGAGUUGAAGUGCUGGUUCUGUCAGUUGAUUCUGUCGUCAUCAAGACUCUUGUCUCUCACCUGGAUCUUGAUGCUGAUACAACUGACUUCCAAAAGAGCAUUGGCCUUAUCAUCGAGAGGCAUCCUCGGCAUAAAAAGUACCUAUCUCGGGUUUGUGACGAGAUCCAAGACUUGUGCUGUCAGAAGGCUCGCCCUGUUUUGGUUUUGUACAGUCGAGAAGACAACAUUUUCAAGAUUAUUUUAUGAUAUCAAAAAUAUUGGCUAUAAAUGGUCCAGUAUUUUAAACACUGCAGGAUGUAGCUGAAUGGUGGACUGGUGGUGCCACAAUAUAAAUGCAUUAAAUUAUGAAGACUGGCAGUAAUGUUUUGUUAUUUUGUAAUAUUGUGUGUUAGAAUCUGAUUGUACCAAACAAAGAAUUGCAGUUGAAAAUUAAAGACUGAUAUAUGUAUGUUA